GUUUUCUUACUUACGACCCCUCAAAUUUCCAUUUUCUUUCUUCUUCAUCUCUGAAAACAUUCAACUUGAAUUCUUCUAGAGAGAGAAAGUAAAGAGAGAGAGAGAGAGAGAUGAGCAGCACACAGUCGUUACACUCGCUAGCCUUCAGGGUGAUGCGGUUAUGUCGGCCGACGUUCCACAUCGAAACCCCACUCCGAUUCGACCUCUCUGAUCUCAUCGUCGGCGAGGAUCUCUUGGACGAUCCUUCCGCCGCACCUCACAUUCGUCGUCUCCUCCAAUCUCAAUCCACAACCACCGACUCCUCCACCGAUCUGACCUACAGUAAUCGGUUCCUCCUCCGUGAUGAUCCCUCCGACGCCAUGGGCCUCUCCGGUAUGCUUGUUCUCCCUCAGGCAUUCGGGGCAAUAUAUCUUGGAGAAACGUUUUGUAGUUAUAUAAGCAUCAACAACAGCUCUAGUUUUGAAGUGAGGGACAUUAUAAUCAAGGCAGAAAUACAAACAGAAAGGCAGAGGAUACUGCUUUUGGAUACAACAAAAACACCUGUAGAAACAAUAAGAGCAGGAGGGCGUUAUGAUUUCAUUGUUGAACAUGAUGUUAAAGAACUUGGUGCACACACCUUGGUGUGUACAGCUCAAUAUAGUGAUGGUGAUGCUGAGCGCAAAUAUCUCCCUCAGUAUUUCAAGUUCAUAGUUUCAAAUCCACUUUCUGUCAGAACUAAGGUCCGUGUUGUGAAGGAAACGACAUAUUUGGAGGCAUGUUUAGAAAAUAAUACAAAAUCAAAUCUUUAUAUGGAUCAAGUGGAAUUUGAGCCAACUUUACAAUGGGGUGCAACAUUAUUAAAAGCUGAUGAUCAUCAUUCAGAAAAGGGUGUUUUAACAAGAGAGAUAUUCAAGGAACCUGUUCUAAUUAAAUCUGGUGGAGGAAUUCACAAUUAUCUUUAUCAAUUAAAAUCAUUAGAUGAAUCUACACCAACAAAGAUUGAGGGUAGUAACGUCCUUGGUAAACUUCAAAUAACAUGGCGUACAAAUUUAGGUGAACCUGGGCGCUUACAAACACAACAAAUUCUUGGAAAUCCCAUUGCACACAAAGAGAUUGAAUUGAAAGCAGUAAAGGUGCCACCUGUCAUCAUUUUGGAAAAACCCUUCACAGUGUGGUUGAGUGUAACAAAUCUUAGUGAGAAGAAUGUUGGGCCAUUUGAAGUUGUGUUAUCUCUCACUGAUAAUCAUGCUGUUAUGGUUAAUGGAGUUAAAAGAAUGGCUUUACCUCAGGUGGAGGCAUACAAAUCUUUGGAUUUUCAACUGAAUCUGAUUGCUAUGGAACAUGGAAUGCAGAAAAUCAGUGGCAUUACACUCUUUAAUACCAAUCACAACAAAACAUAUGAUCCUUUACCAGAUAUCGAGAUCUUCGUUGAUGCAUAUUGAUAAGUUUUGUUGUAAACUAUAACGAGUUCAUGAUAAUGAUAUUGCACAAGUUAGGUAGGAAUUAGAUCAUGAUAUAUGUGUCUAAUGGAUUGUGGAUCAUAUCAAAUUCGGACUUUUGUAAUUUGUACCAUGUAUGAUAGUUGAUAAAUAUAUGUUUUGUUUGCUAGUUAUUGUAAAAUAUUGUUAUAAAUGAACAUUGGUCC